AUGGAAGAAUUCCCAAAGGUAUUUUUAGACUUAAGAAUCGGCGAAAGAGAUGCAGGCAAACUUAUAAUUGAGCUCUUCUACGAAGACGUUCCUAAAACAUGUGAAAACUUCAGACAGCUCUGCAUAGGCGACAAAAGAAGUCCUAAAGGUGUAAAUCUUUCUUAUAAAGGAAGCAUCUUUCAUAGAGUAAUUCGAAACUUUAUGCUCCAAGGCGGCGAUUUCACAAAAAGUGAUGGGACUGGUGGACUCUCUAUUUAUGGACCUAAGUUUGAAGACGAAAAUUUCCGAUUAAAACACAACAAGCCUGGAAUUUUGUCUAUGGCAAAUAUGGGAAGAAACACGAAUGGGUCACAAUUUUUUAUUACAUUAAAAGAAUGCAGACAUCUAGAUGGUAGACAUGUGGUUUUUGGACAAGUUAUUGAAGGGAUGGAGAUUUGUAGAGAAAUCGAAAGAAUGCAGACUGAUGCGUAUGAUAAACCUUUGAUUCCGGUUACCAUUGUAAAUUGCGGGGAGUAUAGUGUUUCGAAGGAAAAGAAAAAGCAUAGGAAACAUAAGCAUAAAAGGAAGCAUCAUCACAAGAGGAGUAGGAGUAGGAGUAGAAGUGUGUAA